AUGUCCGACCAAGAUGGAAUGGUCCCCGACACCGGGUAUGAUACACCUGUGCCUGAGCUUGACGACCAUCGUCAUGAGUCCAAUGCGCCGCAACGGCUAGAGCGACCACGCCGAGGGACAUUUGACUCUCUUUACGGCUCCCGUCAAGUUGAUACCGACGCGGGACCUUUUACUCCGGACAUCAGGGUUCGAGAUUUCGAGGAAGCCAUUGUAGAUGAAGACGCUCUUGAGGUACCACAGAUGGCUAAGCACAGUCGUCGGCUUACAGUUGAGACGACGAACGAGGGCAGAUCUAAUUCCCCCCCAAAUUCGGUGAAAGCCUUCGCCCAAGCCCGACGACGUGAAAGAGAUAUGUCAUUCUCGGAACCAAAGUGCGACCAUGAAGAAGGGCAUGGACGGGCCAUGUCAAUAUCCAGUCGACGCAGCCACCGAAGCAGGGCUCGAACCGUAGAGAAGGAUACGAGAAGUCUGUUGACAGAUAAGGCUGCGGAGGAGGAUGUCUGCUUCCCAUUGCAGGACGGCCAUAGAAACCACGACCUUCGAAUCGACUUCGACUAUUUGGAAAAUUUCAUCAAUGCUGAAAGAGCUGCCCACUUGCACAGUCGACAGCUCCUCGCUGCAUUCGAAGACUUACGAAUUGACUCUACUGCUAGUCACCGAAACCAGCUACCCACAGUAGAUGGCGACAUCCUGGACAUUCCGUCAGAUGAAUCUAUACAGGAGAAGCGCCCUGCCGAAAUCAACUCGAAGAGCACGUCACACCCAAUCGAUGGUAAUCGUUUCAGCUUUUUCUCGUCGGCAUGGGAGUCAACAAUCCACGCCGCCGAAAUGGGCGAUCUCGUUCUCCCUGGGGAAGAUAUCAGGGGGCUCUUUGAGUUACCCCAAAAUGAGGCAGAUGGUGUCUGGUGGCUGAAUGUGAAUACAGCAUCUAAAGAAGAAGUCCAAGGAAUUUGCAAGGCAUUUGGAGUCCACCCACUGACCAUUGAAGAUAUCAUUACCCAGGAAGCCCGAGAAAAGAUCGAGCUCUUCCCGUCGUACUAUUUUGCCUGCUUUCGAUCAUUUAACGUUGCUGAAGAGCCAGAUGGUAUUGAGUAUGAGCCCUUCAACAUAUAUGUUUUGGUAUUCCGUGAAGGCACGCUCAGCUUCAGCUUCGCCCCAAACUCGCAUGCGUCUCAAGUUCGCAAAAGAAUUACAGCUCUCAAGGAGUACGUGUCUCUUAGCAGCGAUUGGAUAUGCUAUGCAUUAAUUGAUAAUAUUGUUGAUUCCUUUGCACCUGCUAUCCGCACUAUCGAACUCGAAGCAGACGCUAUUGAGGACGAGGUGUUUGUAAUGCGCCAGGACGACUCGAGUUCGUUCCUUCGCUCCAUAGGCCGUGUUCGAAAAAAUUGCAUGGCUUUAAUGCGACUUCUUGGAGGUAAGGCUGAUGUCCUGCGAGGGUUUACUAAGCGAUGCAAUGAAAAUUACCAAGUUACACCGCACAUGGACAUUGGCAUAUACUUGGGCGAUAUUCAAGAUCAUGUUGUUACCAUGGCAACAAAUCUCGGCCACUUCGAGAAGAUGCUGUCGCGAGCACACAGCAACUACCUGGCAACACUAUCAAUCAACAACAUUUCACAAGGAACUGAUACGAAUCGUGUCUUGAGCAAGAUAACGUUUCUUGCAUCCGUUCUUGUGCCACUUAACCUCAUAAGCGGUGUGUUUGGAAUGAAUGUUACAGUGCCUUUUCAGAGCACAGGCAGUCUCGCUGCGUUCUUCACUAUUAUUGGGAUCAUGGUAUUCGUGUGCUCCAUGAUUCUGGGACUGGCUCGUUGGAAGAGGUACAUAUGA